CUGGCUGCUACCAGUAUAUCUCCGAUCUGAUCUCUGAUCUGGGAAAUUUAGACUGCAUCUAAAUCUCUUGGAUGGAUGAAGGUUUAACAGAGAAAUGGAACAUCAUUUUUCAACUGGCAUACUUACCUGUGUCAUUGUGUUUUGCUUCCCAUUUGAAACUAAAGCUUCAGAAUCCCUGGUGGUGACGGGGACGGGCCAUGCUGUCUCUGCCUAUGUGGGAGACGAGGUGGUUCUGAACUGCUCUGUGGAUUCCAGUUUCUUAAACCAAAGUGUGGAGGAGGUCACCUGGAAGAGGAAAGACGAUCAGAUCUUAGUGCUUCUUUACCUAGGCGGUGAAGUCCAGCCAGACUCAUCACCUGACAGGUACCGAGGCAGAGCUGAGUUUGCCAAAGAAAGCCCCAAAAGCGACUUCUCUUUGCGACUGAAGGAUGUCAGAGCCGAAGACAAAGGGGAGUACAUCUGUGUAGUCCACAAUGGUCAUCUGUCGGGCAACACAACCGUUAUGCUUCUGGGACUGGGUUUUUCGUCUAUGCAAACACUGGUGUUGGCACUGUGUUCUUUGUCCCUGGUGCUUUCUCUUGCCUCCUCUGCUCUGCACUACAAAAAUAGAGGAAAUAAGGAAAAAACGAAGAACUUACCAUUUGUGGUUAUUUCUCAAAACGUUAUUAUAUCCAUUGCCUUUACUCUCUGGGGUGCAAGUGACGGAUCUGUUGAUGAGUCAGCCACUUGUGUGAUUGUUAACAUUACACGCUUUCUCCUACUUGUGAAGUUCAGCCAUUUUCCAGAACAAUGCAGUACCUGGAGAGUCAUCCAGGACUUUGCUAUCCCAGUGCAGUACUCCUUAAUAACAGGGGUAGUAGCUGUAGUUGCUUUUAUACAGAUAGCUUUGGUUGAGGACCAAUCUCAUCAUCUGUCGAAGAAAGCAUUUGUACUUGGAGUUGCAGAAAUUUGCCUGUUCUUGGCUGUCGCCAUUAUCUUCUGUGGUAUCAUUCUCAAUCUAGGGGUGGUCGUAUCAGUGAGACAACACAGAAAUCAGAGUAGCAACCAAUUGUUCCCAUAUAACCUUUUAGUUCUUUGCGCUGAGUUCAGCAACAGUGGACUAUUUGGUCUCUUCAUGAAUGGUUAUAAAGCAAGUCCAGAGAAACUUCUUGCUAUGAUGUCUGCUGUGAAUAUGGGACUGAUGCUUUCUAUCACUGCUCAGAGAUAUUGUGCCCAAAAAGUGAAUUAUGUUUGUUGUGUUUGCGGUUUGGAAUCAGCUUUGCUGUUGACAUCGGUUGUUUCUAAUGUCAUAGCUUACGUAUUCCAUUACAUCAACACUGAUGCAAAACUUGGAUGGGUCCUUCUCUUGGAGGCUGUGGCGUUUUUUGCUGCCUGGGUAGCAAUGAUUUCUGUGGUUUAUUGCUGUAAGAAACCUUUUUCUCAGAAAAUGAGAACGCGUGGAUAUAGGAUUUCUUUCACCAUUGCUGCAAUUCUUAUGACCACAUAUGCUUUCAUAUGCAUUUACUUUGUCAGCCAACAUAAUGGAAUCCAUGGAAAAAGGUCAGGAUGCAUCUUCGUUACAGUAUAUCUUCACAUGUUGGCAGCACUCUUACUGCUUCACCCCCCAAAAAGCGCCACUGCACAUUGUAAUGACAGAGCUAAUAAGCACCCAAUACUCUACAGUCUUCAACAUGGUUUUGGAACUGGUCUAACUGCAGUGAAUGCGAUUACUCUGAUAACUGUAUUAUACCAGACAGCAAGACAUGGAGAGCGUCCGGUGAAUGAUCUCAGAAUGAUUGUGCUGCCACUUGAAUGCAUCUUGGUGGCUGUUUGCGAAGUCUGUUGGAGAAUGAUGAGCAGAAUGAAGAAAAAGUUCAAACAUCUAAGUACUUCACAGGAGCUGAGCUCUCUGUCAUUCUCUCAAAAUGAAGCUGCCUUGCGGGGAGACACUUAAUCAUUGCAGUAAUUCUCUCUGAGGCGGCGGAGACCAUCCAGUAACCGAAGGGAUGCUGGUUCGAGCCCAACUCCUCCUGAUCCUGUUGAAGAGUCUUUGAGCAAGACACUGAACCCGCCUCCGCCAUCGGUGUAUAAGUGUGUGUGUGUGUGAAUGGAUGAAUAUGAGACAUUACUCUGCAAAUCGCUUUGAGUGCUCGGAGGAGCAGAAGAGUGCUAUAAAUCCAGUCUAUUUACCCUUUACUAAAUUAAAGGUGUAGGUUUUUGAACGUUCAAAGUUCCGCAACAAUUG